UCAACGUUGACGCCAUCUGGGGUGCGCCUGGAAUCGAGCAGGCCGUUUCUGCCGCGUCCACCACAACCUCUGCUGUAUCAGAGGGGGCCUUCGCCGCCGCCGCCCCCACCACCGCCCCCGCCGCCAUCGCCACCGCCGCCGCCACCACCACCGUCACCUCCGCCGCUGCCGCCUUGGGGCCCUCCUCCUUCACCGCCCCCUUCACCACCUCUACACGUUCUAGGCCUUCUGUCCUGGAGAAGAAGCUAUAGUCGUUCUCCCUUGUGGGCCCGGGGCGCAGCCAUGGCGGACGGCGGCGGCGGCGGGGGAACUGGCGCGGUGGGCGGCGGCGGAACUAGCCAGGCCUCUGCCGGGGCAGCGACUGGCGCUACUGGGGCCAGCGGGGGCGGUGGCCCCAUCAACCCGGCCUCGCUGCCUCCCGGCGACCCGCAGCUCAUCGCUCUCAUCGUGGAGCAGCUCAAGAGCCGGGGCCUUUUUGACAGCUUCCGCCGGGACUGCCUGGCCGACGUGGACACCAAGCCAGCUUACCAAAACCUGAGGCAGAAAGUGGAUAAUUUUGUGUCAACACAUCUGGACAAGCAGGAAUGGAAUCCUACGAUGAACAAAAACCAAUUGCGAAAUGGUCUGAGGCAGAGUGUGGUUCAGUCAGGGAUGUUGGAAGCUGGAGUAGACAGGAUUAUUUCUCAGGUGGUGGAUCCAAAACUUAACCACAUCUUCAGGCCACAAAUAGAACGAGCAAUUCAUGAGUUCCUGGCGGCCCAGAAAAAAGCAGCUGUGCCAGCACCCCCUCCAGAGCCCGAAGGCCAGGACCCUCCAGCUCCAUCUCAGGACACUUCCUAAGAAUAUGCCAGACACCUUUUGAAAGCUAAUUUUUGGUGAAGAAAUGGAUUCGGUUACAUAAGAGUGCAACUUCAGACUGAAGAUAGGCCAAGGUCGUCACUGAUCUCAAGAUUUCAACCUUGACCAUGGGCAGUGACCAGAUUGAAAGGGGAGCAAGUUCGGCAGUGGGAGAGUUGACCGUGUCACCCCCUGCAUUGUGCUGCCGUUUGGCCAGCCUGUCCAAGGGCAUGACACCAAGUAGACACUACAGAGAGAGAAACACUACAGCAACCCAGGGUUGUCCUGAAACAGACUUUUAUACUUGAACAUGGAGACUGCACAUGGACUUUAGGGUUUGUGCUGUGGGAUAAACGGAAGCUACAGUGAGAACAUAGCCAGUCCCAAAGACAAUUUCAAAGAAAAAUGACAGUAAAGGUUAGCUGGGAGUAGUCUUUGACAGUGCUUAUUUGAUACUGUCUGAGUUUGCAAACCAGAUUGUACAAGUCAUUAGCGUCAGAUAACUUUAAAGUUGUGACCUUCUUGUACAUGAAUCUUCUAGCCAGUUUCCUUUCCUUUGUAACGAAACAUGAAAUCCUAGAAUGUGUGAGAAGUUCAAACAUUAGGCAUAAGGAAACUCGUUUGCAGGCUCUCUGCUUCCUGUCCUGGAGGGGCCAGUGAGUCUUAGGUAUGUUUAUUUUAUUCUCACAUUUGUGUUUUUUUAGAAAAGUGAAUGGUCAAUAAAUGGCUUAUCUUUCAUAAUAAAAUUAUUUGAUACUUUUA